GACAGGUGACAGGUGAGAAAAACGCGGCGCGCGCAUCGCCCAACACCGACUUGAUUUGAAAUAGAAACCGAAAAUGGGGCCACUAGGCCCCCCAUUUGCCGUCCAUGCUUGAAACAAGACGCUUUUGAUUCGAUUUUCACCCAACACAACAUUGUUUUCUACCAAAAACACCCAAAAAACAAUUUGAGGAAUGACAAGUGCGCGCGCAUUGUCCAACACCGGCUUGAUUUGUUGAUUCAAAACAACAAAAUGGGGCCACUGGAGCCCCCGAUUUGCCGUCUGUGCUUGAAACAAGACGCCCUCGAGUCGAUUUUUACCCAACACAAUAAAACUACAAUUGUGUACUCCGUCAUGUUGGAGUUUUGCACCUCAGUACAGGCCGAAGUAGAGGAUGGUUUACCGUCAACAAUCUGCCACAAAUGUGCCAAGUCACUUGUGGCAUUCUACAAGUUUAAAAGACUCGCAAUUGAGAAUGAUCUCAAACUCAGGAACAACCUAACAUCAAAGAAUGAAAAUGGGGCGAGUCAAAGCACAAUUGUAAAAAGCCCCAAAGCGAAAAAGACGCAUCAGUGUGACGUUUGUGGGCUUUUUCUGAGCGGUCGGAGUAAUCUGGUGCAGCAUAUGAAGGGGCACACGGGGGAGAAGCCUUUCAAGUGUGACAAUUGUGAGAAGAAGUUUGCAAGAGUCGAGCAUCUUAAAAUACACAAGAGAAUACACACUGGUGAGCGCCCCCAUCAGUGCACAAUUUGCUCCAAACGUUUCAUCCAAUAUGCCACGCUUAACGCCCAUUUGCGUACCCACAGUGGCGAACGCCCUUACAUGUGCUCCGUCUGUGGCAAGUCUUUCAGCCAAUCAAACAGUCUCACCUACCAUAUGAGGACUCACACGGGGGAAACCCCCUACAAGUGCAAACUGUGCGAUAAGGGGUUUACCCAUUCGGGCAACUUGAACAGUCACAUGCGUUUCCACAAUAAUAUAAGACCGUUUGAGUGCGAAUUGUGUGGAAUGAAGUUCGUAACAAGCUCACAUCUAGCAGUUCAUAUUAAAAGACAUUUGGGGGAAAAACCGCACAAGUGCAAAGUGUGCAAUAAGGGAUUUGUGAGGAGCGAACAUUUGAAAGACCAUUUGGUCAUACAUUCAGGGGAAAGACCGCAUGUUUGCAGUGUGUGUCUCAAGGGGUACACGCAGAGUAGCCACCUGACCCGCCAUAUGAAAACACACAAACCGUCAAAUACAGAAACCUGUAGUUAAUCUAAAUAUAAUAGUGACAUAACAAUGAAUAAAAUGGAUGACUAAUCCACAACAUUCAGAGCUAAUAAUUUUUCUUUCUAAUUUAAUUGUUGUGUCCAAUACAGGAACCUGUAAUUAAUUUAUUUAUAUUUUUGUGGCAUUGACAUGUUAUGAAUAAAAUUUCAUUUUAAUUUAA